UCCUGAACGUUGGCCAUCAUUUCUGAUAUUCCCCUCUUCCGAGUUUGCCUUCUUCUAUUGUAGCUUUCACUGUAAGAAACCUCAGCCUAAUCUCAUGGCGAUGCACUUUAUCAACCGCAACAGAGUUAAUAACCUGGUAGAGUUUUAUAUUCGCGAGCAGCAGGAGAGCCACGCGGCACGGAAUCCUCCAUUCAAGGCGUACCCUUCUAGCUUCCAGAGCGCAUCGGCGUCGAAAAAGAGACAGCUUAGCGACUCGGAGGGGUCCGAGGAGCAGCGGCAGUCGGAGUCCAACAUCACGCACACGUCGCAGCACAGCACUCCCGGACAUGACGGCCACUGCGCGACGUCCGCUCACUCGGACGAAGCGGAGCUGGCCAGCUUAGACGAAGAGCUCCUGUGUCGCGGCGCGUCCGACCUGCUGCUGCUUCGCAUGGCUGGGUCGCCGCCGGAGACGGAAGCUCACGAAAUGUUUGCCGAGAGGGUUUCAGCCACCUCGGAGAAGCACCUCGACCUGAACGCGGAGCCAGCGAGCCCGUCCGACAGCCCGACAGCGACGCUCGCUCAAUCGUCGGAGGAUCUUUCAGCUCCAGUUACCCGACCGACGAGACGCGCGAAGGAAUCUGGUCAUUUCGCCGCAUGCAGCGACGCCGCCGCGGAGACGAGCCACAAGCGGAAGCGACCGGCGCAGCAGCCGACCAAGACGUGUCCGAAAUGCGGAAAGAAAUUCUCCACUGGACAAGCUCUUGGCGGACACAUGCGGAAGCACUGGAAUGGGUCCAUUCGCGUGCAGACGAAGCAGCUUUUAGCGGAAGUGAGCCCUACGAGGACCAGCAGCCCCGCUCACAGCCACAGCCACGAGUCGGAUCUCGCCUCGCCUCAGCACGAUGUUAAGCAGAGGCGGACCAACGAGGCGGAGUCGAAUGUGAGGCUGCUCGCUGACAGUGAUAUUGAUCUGAGCCUGAAAAUAUGAAUACUACAGGGAUUUACAGGCUUCUGAGGUGCCUGUGCUAGUAAAAAUCCCGUUAGAAGUUGCUGCUGCGAUCCCAAUGUUUCAUCUCACAGCAAUGUAGGUGUAGUGUGCCAGCAUACCAGUGUACAAAUUCAUACCUUUUUCAUGUGGAACAAGUGGGGCACA